AUGCAACUGCAGGGACGAGACGGCGAGUUGGACCCGGCGAAGCUCGAGCAUGUUGACAAGAAGUUGAGAAGGCGGAGGUACAAGCGGGAUAGGAUGCGUGAGUAUUCAAAGGCUCGGCUGGACGAGAAGCAGCGACUUGUGGAUCAAUGCGCUUCGUUGGAGGGUGAAGUUGUGUCGUUGGUGCACACCGCGCCAUUGACGUGGAAACAGAUUGCGUCCGCCUUGCGGUAUGCUCACGAUGCUGAAGUUGCCAAGAGAGAUGUGCUGCGAUUGCAGGUGAACAAGAACUCGAUCCUGUUACGCAACUUGCAGACAUGGGUAGCGCUCAACCCCAAUCCACAGGUGUCGUUGAGCUCAUCCGUAUCGACGUGGCGAGACGUCAGCUUGAGCAGCCACCCCACAACACGUCUGUUGGGCCAGCGCUGGAUCACACAGCGCAUGCUGCAUCAAGCGGACGCGAUGUUCGUCACCCACAACGUCCCAUUGUGCAUGCACGGCACCAUGGACGACGUUAUCUUUGACUUCGACGGCGAUGGGCACUACAUCACAAGGUUGCGGUCUGUCUUUCACGUGCCCCUUGCGACCAACGCCAUGGCGACGUCCGACUCGAUCUUCCGUGCGUGCCACCGCCACAUCACGGCAUACUUGAUGCUGCCCCGCGACGCCACCAUGAUGGUGGAGAAGCACGAACAUACCAACAUGCUCCGCGUCGUCACGAGCUACGGCGAGGCGCUCAACGUGGUCCUGGGCCAUUUUCACCCGACCCCAACGCGGUGGGUUGUCGUGGGGCAGCAGAUUUCGGUUGACGACUUAGUUGAUCAGUCGCAAUGGCCUCAAAAGGACCGAUCGUUUUGGUACGACAUUCAAUGGUGCGAUGCCCACAGGAUGGCGCAUUGGCGCAUGCUGCAGAUCCUGCCGCAGGCCAAGACUGGCGCAGGUGUGGUCUCUUUGGAGGACGAAGGGCACCGAUGGGGCGUCGACCUCGAUACCCACGACAACGGGCGAGCUGUGUUUAUAAAGACGGCCCAUGAAGUGAUGGCCAUGCUCACAAAGAAUGCGCUUGACGCCGUGCUCGCAAGUUUCGCGCAAUCGUAA